CAAGUCUUCGGGAGAAUUUUUUUGCCAAUCACCUAUGAAGGUCCUGAUUUUAAAGUUGCACUUCUGCAAUGAAGAAAAGGAGACGGCUCGCUGCAAAUCUAAAUGAAAAAGUUCAUCUUGGCCAUGAGAAAGAUACUUCAGAACAGAUUGUUGUAGUAGACUGCGCACAAGAAAUUGUCUCGAAGUCUGCAGAAAUAGCUCCUGCAGAUCAGCUUGAAUCUUCCCAAGAACUUUCACCGUCAUCAGAACAAAGAAAGCUCCUAAGCUCAUUGCAGUAUAACAAAAAUCUACUUAAAUACUUAAAUGAUGAUAGACAGAAGCAUCCAUCAUUUUGUGAUUUACUCAUAAUUGUAGAAGGAAAAGAAUUUAGUGCUCACAAAGUUGUAGUGGCCGUUGGGAGUAGUUAUUUUCAUGCUUGUUUGAGCAAAAAUCCGAGCACCGAUGUCGUCACAUUAGAUCAUGUAACCCAUUCUGUCUUUCAGCAUUUGCUUGAGUUUCUCUACACCUCUGAGUUUUUUGUAUAUAAAAAUGAAAUUCCAUUAGUGCUAGAAGCAGCAAAGUUUUUAGACAUCAUAGAUGCAGUGAAGUUACUGAAUAAUGAAAGUGUUUCUAGUGUACAGACUGAUGUGGUAACUGAUGCACCUACACCGGUAGAAACACUCAAUGAACUGACAGGUAAACUAUUAAAUAGUCAUCAGUGCACUUUUUGUGGUCGAAGUUUCUGUUACAAGAAGUCCUUAGAAAAUCAUUUGGCUAAAGCCCACAGAUCCUUUUCAUUGGAAAGAAAACAUGGGUUAAAAAUGGUCGAGAAGGCUGACUUUUCCACUAGGCGUUCUAUGAGAAACCGUAAAUGUCCAGCUAAAUUUGAGAACAGUGACAAUGAAAGUGUCUCUGACAGCAAUUUGGAAAAAGUCACUUCUGACAAGGAAACAUCUGAUAGAACGGAAUUUGAAGACAGUGAAAGUGAAUGCAAUGCUGAUGAAGAGGGACAGGAAGAGGAAAUGUCAGGUGAAGAUUCAGAGUCUGAAGAACAAAGUGAAAAAGAACAGAAUGAUACUGAAGAGGGUUCUGAGGCAGUUGAUUCAGUAGGAAAUAUUCCUGAAGGCCUAGCUCCAGUCAUCAUUCAAAGCAGUAGCAAAAAACUACUGCAGUGUCCCAAGUGUGACAAAAAAUUUGAUCGCAUAGGCAAAUAUGAGAGCCAUACACGUGUACACACGGGUGAGAAGCCUUUUGAGUGUGAUAUAUGUCAUCAGCGCUAUUCAACGAAGUCCAACCUGACAGUGCACAGAAAGAAACACUCUAGCGAUACUGACUUCCAUAAAAAGGAACACAAAUGUCCCUACUGCAAUAAGCUGCAUGCAAGCAAAAAGACUUUAGCAAAGCACGUGAAGAGAUUUCAUCCAGAGAAUGUACAAGAAUUUCUUUCUAUCAAGAAAACAAAGAGCGAAGGUUGGAAAUGUGAUAUUUGUAAGAAAUCUUUCACUCGAAGACCUCAUUUAGAAGAGCAUAUGAUCCUUCACUCUCAGGAUAAACCCUUUAAGUGUACCUACUGUGAAGAGCACUUUAAAUCCCGAUUUGCAAGGCUGAAACAUCAAGAAAAAUUCCAUCUCGGGCCUUUUCCUUGUGAUAUUUGUGGCCGCCAGUUUAAUGAUACAGGAAAUCUGAAACGCCAUAUAGAAUGUACUCAUGGAGGAAAGAGAAAAUGGACUUGUUUCAUCUGUGGAAAAUCCGUUAGGGAACGAACAACUUUGAAAGAACAUCUGAGAAUUCACAGUGGAGAGAAGCCUCAUCUUUGCAGUAUUUGUGGGCAGAGUUUUCGUCACGGAAGCUCUUACAGGCUUCAUCUAAGAGUCCACCAUGAUGACAAGAGAUACGAAUGUGAAGAAUGUGGGAAAACAUUUAUUCGGCAUGACCAUCUGACAAAACACAAAAAAAUACACUCAGGUGAAAAAGCACAUCAGUGUGAGGAAUGUGGAAAAUGUUUUGGCCGCAGAGAUCACCUUACUGUUCAUUAUAAAAGCGUUCACCUAGGAGAAAAAGUUUGGCAGAAAUACAAAGCAACAUUUCACCAGUGUGAAGUCUGUAAGAAAGUUUUUAAAGGGAAAUCAAGUUUGGAAAUGCAUUUUAGGACGCAUUCAGGUGAGAAACCCUACAAAUGUCAAAUCUGUAAUCAGUCUUUUAGAAUUAAGAAGACAUUAACAAAACACAUGGUUAUUCAUUCAGAUGCUCGACCUUUUAAUUGCCAACACUGCAAUGCAACAUUUAAACGAAAAGACAAGCUGAAAUAUCAUAUUGAUCAUGUUCACGGAUCAAAGGCUGCAGAAGACGCAUUGACGUCUUCUUCAGAGGAAAAGCUAGUCUCUUUACCAGUGCAGUACACCUCUGAUGACAAAGUUUACCAAACUGAAGCUAAACAGUAUGUGGAACAGUCCAAAGCAUAUCAAUCAGAAGCCAAAACUUUGCUACAGAAUGUAUCUACAGAAGUAUGUGUGCCUGUGACUCUGGUACCAGUUCAGAUGUCUGAUCCGCAAGCUGACCUAGUACAGCAUACUCCUCAGUCACAUGGCAUUCUGCCUCCACAACCUGAGCAGACAGAUUAUCAACGAGCAACAGAUCUAUCAUUUCUAGAGAAAUAUACUCUUACUCCACAACCUGCAAAUAUUGUUCAUCCUGUGAGGCCUGAGCAAAUGUUGGAUCCUAGAGACCAGUCAUAUCUUGGAACUUUACUGGGACUAGAUACAGCUCCUACUGUACAGAAUAUUUCAAACAAUGAACAUUCAUGAUCAGACCAUAACAUUCCACCUAAUUUACGAAGCCAUUAGCCCACAGAAGGCUGAUAUGGCAAUUAAGGUUUAUAUUUUAUAUUUUAUUUGGGCUCAUGAGUCUUCUGCAUAGUUUUGGAAAAACAGGUUUGUUUACAUAAUAUUCGAACAUUUAGGCACA